AUGAAGAUUGCAUUUAUCCAUCUUGCCCUUCUUGGGCUAAGCUCAACUGGUCUAGCCAUGAUGAACAGACCGCCUCUACGCCCAUCAUCGCCUGGCAAUCAUCUCAAGGAUGCAAUCAUCAACGGUUUGAAGGAUUGGGGCCCGGCCGGUUCACUUAAGCCACCUACAGGCCAGAAUCCGCCUAUAAAAAACAUGCCCGGCGCGGUUCCAACACAUCACAAGCCCAAGGACCCGAAUCAAAAGACUGGCGUGACGAGAGUCCCAGGCCAGCCUCUGGGACCUGAAAAGAAAUGCAGGCCGUGUUUCAGAAAGAGGCAAAUCUGCUGUGACGGUGGGCGCAAGCCUACCAAACCGUCGAAGCCGACACCGAAACCGCCCUCCAGGGUGAACAAGGGCACCCGCCCGGCCUACAAGCCUAGCCGCUUCAAAGUGCCCAAAUCUGCUGGCAAAGCUGCCGCGUUUAUGCUCGUGGCGCCUUACGCUCACAAGGCGCUUGACGCGAUCAAGAGCAUGGACAAUCCCGUCGGACACGGCGUCACCUGGUUUGACGACUCCAUGGCCGACUUCCAAGAAUCCAUUGGCGGACCACAGCGCGACGAUAUAUACGGCAACGAGCUCAAGCACAAAAUGAUUACGAGUAUGGGUAGCGCUCUGCAAUUAGGUUUUGAGACAACUUGGCAAACGAGUGAGCGUCUCGUCAAGGAGGCGGCCGCCAGGGAAGAGGCACGCCGCCAGGAAGCGGCCAAGGAAAAAGAGAGAAUCAUGGGCCUCGAACAGCUUUUUGCGACCUGUGCCGAGUUUGGGGCCAAGAUACCAGAGAGUACUCCGCUUGGAAAGGCAAUGCGUGAUCACUGCAAUCAGGUGGCAACCGCGCUGAGAAAGGUUCAGGCCCGGGAAGUGGGAAAGUCGAGGUCGAAGAGAGCAACGGAGCCAGAUUACUGGUUCGAAAAAUGCAAGUCUUUGGAAGAGCUUCCGAGUCUUGACGCGGCAGACGAUGAGAAUCUCCACAUUGUCGGUCCCGCCGCGACGGAUGACAGCCGAGUUCUUACAGACUAUCUUGCUGGCGUGCCGGGUGCCCAGAGACGGAUUCGGAUGGUCCUUCCGGCUUCACUGAGUAGAUCCAAACCGGUGUUGUUCACUGCUGUUCAAAAGCGACCGCUAGGCAUAGUACCUCAUCAAAGUCCGGCGGCAGAAAAGCUGGAAAUUAUAGAAAAGCUUCUCGAGCUCAGACUGGAUGAUAUGAUUGAGACGUAA